ACCAAGUAAAAGGCUUCAAUCAAAACUUUGUACACAAGCCAUCCGGAGUGUUUUAUGUCCAAGAACCGCAUGUUGCAGCGGUAUCUGGAAGCUCUUCGUCCUUCAUGUUGAUAUGACCGCUGCUGCUCGUCUCGUCAGUGAUGGACCGGACAGCCCUUUUGCAGCGUUUUGACGGGCGGUCGCGGUUGUUGGCUCACGCUCUGUAUUCGGGAACAGAAGGAGCAAGAAAAGCACAAAUAGUUUUCAACAAACAGCGCAGAUGUGAUCCACAUUUCUCACUCGCUCCGUUUUUGGAGAGUUUGUGCCAACAGGAAGCAUGUCUUCUCGAAGACGAGCUCGUUUUGAAACCUUUGGCUUGUGUUUUCUCUGAUGUAUUUAAGCGGAAUCUGCUGUGCUUUCUGCACCUGAUUCACCCAGGAUAUCCUAAAGACAGUGUUCUCCAUCUGCUCCAGUGUCUGUCUAAGGAGGACGGAGAAAAACAAUGGGUUUCUGCCUUAAUCACACAGCUCAAAAGAGAUAUUGAGGGAGCUAGGAAAGGAACCCUUCUGUCCUCAAACUGUACAGAAACACUGAAGAGUCUCUGUGGAAGAUUUCGGGAUACUGAUGUAAAGGGAGGAUGGACAUCCUGUUUCGAGGUGCUGGAAGCAAAGGGUGAAGAAACCGACAUGUCAGUUUUAUCCCAGAAAAAAAGGAAAAGCGACAAAAUGGAUCUUGAUGAAGACACACAGGAAGAUCCUCAAAGUAAAAAGGUAAAGAUGGAUUUCUCUUCAAGUAAAGAUGAAGAGCGAAUGAUUGAAGAGGAGGAAGCUGAAAUCAGAAGAUCAGAGAUGGAUCAGAGCGCUGGCUCUGUGUCACAGGCUCGAUCUGAUCUGUUAGGCUUUUCAAAAAACCUGCCAGACCACAUGAAGGCUGCUCUUCCUGUCAUUAAAGAAUUAUUAGAUGCAGAGUCCGAGUGGGAUGACAGCUCUGUAUCAGCUCUGAAAGUACUCCAUGAAUGUGACCCCAAUGAGGUGGAGGUUUUGUGUUCAGUGCUGUGUUUGUCUGAAGUGUCUGAGCAGAGUUUACCUCAGUUUUGCAGCUGUCUGCUGAAACUGACCCCUGACCUCAGUCACAGCACCGCUUCAGCUCUUAUCACACACCUGCUGCUCAACAAGAUUCUGUCUCUUGCAGAACCGGCCUCUCGCUGUUUGGUGACGGCUGUAACGUCUCUCUGCUCUCGUUACCCCAGACCCACCUGCCAGGCUCUGAUAGAGCCACUGUUACAGAAAGGUCAACUUGGAAGCGCCCAGGCAGAUUUGCUCUGUAGACUGGUGAUAGACUGCCUUGAGCCUCAUCACAGACUUCUUGUGUUUCGGACAGCACUUGGAGCGUCUUGGGAUGAGGGUGUGUUAUCAGUCAUUCAUGCACUGCUGGAUUCAAAGCUUGAGUUGAGUCAAGAGGAUUUCUGUCUCUUUGCUGAGCAUCUUUGCAGCCAGUCUCCACAUUUCAGCAAAUCGAUGAAGUUUGCCAAGAUGCUGCUGAGCAUUUUGACCAAGUAUCAGUCCAAUGUGAAUCCUGCAUGCCACCACACACUUUCCAGUGUCUUGUCGUUUAAUGAAACCUUCCUUAAGAAAUCACUGCAGGCUGCAUUAAAACGGAUUUCCUUUUGAAUCAAAUGAUUUAGAUGGCACUUUCAUGCAGGAGUUCCGGGUGAUAUUGUUCAGCACGUAGAUUUUUCUCAAUGCAUAAAGAGUUCCACGCGCUGUUGUUGUAUUGAGAUGAAAAAAUAUACAAUUAGAUGUUAAUAAAUAUAAUAUUAUUUAUUAAAAAUGUUAUUUUCAGUGAAAUUGUCUGAAGUUUAAUUAUUUAAAUGCUUUGUGCUGGACACAUUUGACUGCUUAAAGAUGAAUUACUGUAAUUGAUAGGUUUAAUGUCAGAAUCAGAGCUUUAUUGCUAGGUAUGUUCACACAUACCAGGAAUUUGUUUUCGUGACAGAGCUUCUACAGUGCAACAGGAUUACAGAGACAGGACAAAAAACAGAUAAUAAAUAUAUUUAAAAAAAAAUAGAAGUAAGUAGUGAGUGCAAAUAUACAGAUUGACAAGUAUAUGUACAGGUAUAUUAUUAUAUUCAACGUUAUAUGUGCAGCUGCUAUGUGCAAAUUGGCAUGUAAAGUGUGUUGUUGAAUAAGUGUAUAUGUGUAUAAAAGUGUAUAGCAAGUAGUGAUGUUAGUUCCACAAAUAUUAUCAUCAAGUGUUCAUGAGAUGGAUUGCCUGAGGGAAGAAACUGUUUCUGUGUCGGGCUGUUCUGGUGCGCAGUGCUCUGUAGCGUCGACCAGAAGGUAACAGUUCAAAGAGGCAGUGUGCUGGGUGUGAGGUGUUGUUCAUGUUCAUGAGGUGUUGAUGUAUGUUCAUUAUCAGUCAAAAGUUUGGAAAUGUUUGUCAGAGUUGUUAAUGUUUUUGAAAGAUAUCUCCUGCUAACUAAGGCUGCGUUCAUUAAUAAAAACAGUUAUCUUGUGAUUUGUAAAAUAUUAUAGCAAUUUAAAAGAAUUGAUCAAAGUUACAUUUUCAACAUAAUUGCAUCAAUUAAAACAUUGAAAACUCAUUUCUGCCUCAAAAUUUUGCAGAAAAAUUGAUACAUUU